CCGCCUUCACAUAUGUAGGUCAAUCUUUUUUUUUCUCUCUCCUUCUUCUUUUCUGUCUCUCUCUCUUCUUCUUUUCUAUACAUGAUAUCACCUAUUGUAUUCUUUGUUAUUGCCAUAUCGAGAUAUUAUUUUUCUUUGUUCAUAUGAUAUCAUGUAUUCUUGCUGUCCAUGUCUUUCUUUUCCCUCUCUCUAUAUAUAUGCGUGUUUACCUCUUUAUCCUUGGUUAUUCUUCUAUCUUUUUUUAUAUUAAAUAAAAGAUCUGAACCCUAUAUUCACUUUUAUCUUGCUAUCGAAAUUCAAUCAGAUGAUGCUCCCCUAACAUUUUGGUGGUGUGACCGAUCGUUUUAUUAUUUUACAAUAAUAAAAUACGAACCAAGACGAAAGCGAGUAAGUGAAUAACUCUUUCAUUAUUCAUUUAAAGAUAGAGAUAGUUUCCUCGGGAACUGUCUGCUCGAAUAUUAAUUGAUACUGAAGAGGUAGUUCUAUCAGGAACUGCCUGUUUGAACCUCAACUAAUACAAAAAGAGAUAGUUCCAUUAGGAAUUGUCUCUGAGGAUCGGUAAGAAUACAAUCGAGUUAAUCCUAGUGUAUGUGCAUACCGGUCACAAGUGAAUUCAAUUUAAUAUUGCUAAUCAUUAAAAUUAUAAAUUACGGCUUACAAUCUACGAAGUGCCGAUCUCAACCCGGAAUUAACUGGUGAUCUAUUAACAGAAACAUCUGAACGAAUAGUAAAAAAGCAUAUUCGAGAAUUUUUAAAUAAUAUUACACAACACGUUCGAACAAUGCCUGACAACGCACAAGAUCCAGCAGUGAUGAUAUGUUAUCGCGAAUGUUUAUCUAAUUUAGAAAAAUUCAACGGUAUUGGAGAACAAAAAGCUGUACAAUUUAUCAAUAACAUCGAACGAAUUGGGAAAAUGAUUGAUGCAAAUAAUAAUAUUUUAUGUUGUAUGUGCACGGCCAAAUUAGAUGGUGAAGCCAAGCCCUGGUAUGAAAACAAUAUGGCAUUAACCCAAUGGAAAAAUCUGAAAUCAGCAUUUUUGGAAAGAUUCACAACAGCCGAUGCAUCAUCAAGAAUAUUUGAACAAUUAAAAGAAUGUAAACAAAAACCAGAUGAAAUAGUUACAUCGUAUUAUGAUGCGAUUAUUAAAUUAUGUCAUGAAUAUGAUACAAAUAUGUCUGAAAAAAUGAUGAUAUAA